UACACAGGACAGAUCUCUAAUAUCACUCCAGUCUACCACAUUUUUGUUUUGAAUGAGUAAUGUAUAAUGAGUUUAAUUUCCCCCAGAGAUGAUCCAACGUAGGUGCUUAGUAGCUUGGGUUCAUGGUUAUAAUUUAUAGUUACCCAACUCCUGGACACUCUGACUCACACUGCCACCACACUUCUGCAACAAUCAGCAGCUCCUCAGCCUUCAUUUCCUUUUCUUCACUGUACAGCCCUGCCUUGGCAAGGCACGACCACUUCAACUACAAACCACCAUCGGUUCUAACUGAAGGAGUCUCUCCUUCCAGAAGGUCUUCCUUACAACUAGCAAAUGCGACCCACCAACGCCUAAUUAAUAUCAAGACGUGUGGAAUGGAAGGGAAGAUCAACAAGAAGGAAACUGCCUGUGAAGGAAAAUGCAACAUUACAGAAGUUUUGCAUAAAGGCAAGAACUGCAAGUCGUCCGUGAUCACUAUUAAUGUAGGUGGGCACCUUUACACAACACAGAGAUCUACUUUAACCAAAUACGCCGAUUCCUUACCAGAAGCUUUGGUGAAUGGCAAAAUUCAGAAUACUGUUGAUGCUGAUGGGAAUUAUUUCAUAGAUCGUGAUGGCACACUGUUCAGGCAUGUCCUCAACUUCCUGCGAAAUGGCGAGCUUCUCUUACCAGAAGGAUUUCAAGAGUUUCAACUUUUGGCAAAGGAGGCAGAAUUCUAUCAAAUAAAGCCUCUGACAGAUGCUCUGACAGCCAAGUCUGUGAGCAUGCGGGAAGGGUCAGCAACAACAUUCCUGGAAAUAAUCGACAGCCAUGACCGCACUCAUGGUCUCAGAAUCUACUGCAAUGCUUCAGAUUUCAUAACAAGAGUAAAAACACGCAUUAUUCAAGUGUCAAAAAGCCGCCUAGAUGGGUUUCCUGAGGAAUUUGUAGUGUCAUCACAUGCCAUCCAGUUUAAGUACUUCAUUAAAUCAGAAAGUGGUGCACGGCUUGUCCUAAAAGAAGAUAACACCUUUAUAUGCACGCUGGAGACCCUAAAGUUUGAGACUGUUAUGAUGGCUUUAAAGAGUGACUUCAAGUUACUGACCAGCUUGGAUAGUUCCAAAGGAUCAAUUGUUCAGAGUGAUGCACUUCAUUUUCUGAAGUAAAUUUGGCUUUACAAAUAAUACAGAAGCGUGCUGCACAUCACAGUAACAAACACUGAGGUAACAAGGAUUCUUUUGCCAUUAUAAGAUGAUGGUAAAAAAAAGGCUGCUUGGUAGAUUAACAUAAUGAUGUAAUAUACUAUGCACCACUAAAUUGCAAAACAGAAUUCAAAGCACCCGAUUACAUUAUAAAAGUUCCAAUUUGUCCACAAGCAUCUUAUUCCAUCAUAACACUUCCACUUGUCAUUGGCUUGCUUUGCUGAUUAAGAGUAUAAAAUAAAUAAAUUUAGAUCAUGUAUUACUGGAACAUUCUGUACAGUAAAAAAACAAAACUUCAUCUCAAAAACUUUCAUAGCCUCAAUCUUCGAAAUAUCUACAGUAAUAUUUCCAACAUCGAUUUCUCCAUGUCUUCAGCAUGAAACAUUUCAGCAAAAUAUUCUAGGCUCACGAGGUGAUAUGCAAGUUACUAUCACAGUACUUUACGUCUUGGAAACUAUUCAGCUUUAACCAUUCGGCUCUGAGUAACAAUGCUCAGUAAAGUAGCUAUAAUGCCUCACAGUUUCAUUAAUUGCAGAUUGAGACAGUGAAAUUAAUUCUAGAUUACUCCAGCAGAGCUACAAUGUGCUGGCACUGCCCCAAUAGGCUGAUCUGCUUCAGUGUGUGUUGUACAGCUCUCCAAAUAAAGAACCCACUCUGAAUUAAAUACAAAUACAAAGUAAACAAAUUGAUAUUAUGUGCAUCAGAAUGAUAUUGUCUAAUUGCAAUGAUCCACUCAUCAUUCAAACAUCCAAAUUCUUGCUAACAGCAUGAAACUGAAUUUGCUCCAAGUUGCUAAUUUCUUGUCUAUUAACACUAUAGAUAUUCAAGAACUAUUAAAUAAUAAUGAGACCAUUUCAAUGUGUGCAAGCUUGUCUCAAAAUGGAUUGUUGCAGCUUAACUGAUAAUAAGCUUAUAUGGUGCACUCCUGAAGUCAAAUGCUUACCAAACUGCUUUUUUGAUACUUUGGAAUGUUUUAUAAAUUCAUCUCCGCCCCUAAGAAAGCUGUACCUUUGGAACAGUCUUCCUUGAAACCAUGUUCGGACCAAUAUUCUGGCAAAAUACACAACUAGGGUGAAGAGACAGCUUAACUAAAUCUUGGAGGCAAGGGCUUAGGUUUGGGAAGAUGUAAUAAACUGAACACAGCAUACAAGGUAAGAAGGCAAGGUAGCAAUAAGGGAGAUGAACAAACAUUGGCAAGAAUGGGCAAAGCAUGCAAACCAAAUCAAAAGGAAUGCAUAUCGAAGACAUUUCACACAGUGCCACUAAAUGACGAGGAACAAUCGUCGUCAAUCAUCAACAAUAAGUGCCAAAUCUUAGUCAUGUCACUGUGGGGAAGCACCUGGUACAGGUCACAUCAUUCAUCAUGGGCAAGAAAUACAUAUAGGAUGACUCAGUAACAAUCCUCCAGCAUGUAUCUGCCAACAGUUUCUUUACAGACUAGCAGUGGUGACAAGUCCUCUUGCUGGAGAUAAGGCAAAGGGAAUAGAAUUGCUUAGAUAUUAAAAAUACUAAAAUAUUAAAAAUCAACUGGAUCUUUUAUCUUUGGCUUUGGUAAUGAGACUUUCCAUAAAGAAAUAUAAUAAAUUAUAUCUAGUUUUGAAUUAUGUAUUAAUAAUCACAAAUGUCAGACUAUAUUGUCAAAUGCAAUUAAAAUGAAUAUUUAAACAGUUCUGUUAAGCAUGGCAUGUAUUUAACUUA